AUGGCAACUUCAACUCCUCGCCCUACGCAGGCGCCCCCUCUGUUCCGCGCGCUCGCCAGUUCGACGAGGCCAAUUCAGCAGAUGCUCAAGUGCAUCAAUUUCACAAACAAAGUCCAUGUCGAGAUUACGGAGGAGCUUAUCAAGUUCGCAGCUGAUCAAUCUCGAGUGACGCAAGGCGUCGCAAGCUUGGACAAAUCCCUCUUCACUAACUUCUCUCUUAACGUGCCCCAGCCUGAGGAUGGGAGCGACCCAGUCUACCCGAGCUUCCAGAUCUCUUUGGCCGCAUUCCUGGAGACGCUCCAGAUCUUUGGCGCCUCUGACGCCGCCGCGCGACAGGCCAAGUCCGAAGCAGACCCCUACCGCAGCAACCUACGCAACUAUCGCCCCGAUGCCUUUAGCAAUCAGACCCUCGGCAUGACAGGGACCUGUGUCCUGUCGUACCCGGAGGAGGGCGGCUCUUUCAGCGUCAUCCUCGAGGAGACUGGCGUCAACACUACCUGCAACCUCAACACCUACUUGCCGGAGGCGCCCGAGGAUAUUCCUUUUGACAGAGAUGACAUCGCAUUUAAGAUCAUCAUGCAGUCGCGCUGGCUGCUGGACGCGCUCACCGAGAUGGCGCACUCUAACCCUACCCGGCUUGUCAUUGCGACGUCGAGGCAGGAGCCGUACCUCCGACUGUCAUGCACAGGGCCGCUCGGCGGAUCGAGCGUGGAUUUCGCUAAGGGACGGGAUCUGCUGGAGACGUUCACCGUGCGGGAAAAAUGGGUGCAGAGCUUCAAGUUUGACAUGAUCAAGACCGCCAUCGAGGCGAUGCGCCUUGCCAGUAAGGUCAGUCUUCGGGGCGACGGGCAGGGUGUCCUGAGCAUGCAAUUCAUAGUGGAGGUGGAGGGCAGCAGAUCGAAUUUCCUCAUGUUCUCUUUUGUCCCAUACGUUACUUCCGAGGAGGAUGAGGAGGACGAGGAGGUUGACGAUGGGGAUGAAGAAGAAGCCGAGGAGUGA